CUCUAUUCUGCGACCACAGCUUCAAUAACUUUCCAUACCACCACCUUACCCUCACCACCAACGAAACUCAACAAAUCUCACAUCAUACCCCUCAAUCCGACGCCUCCCGACAUAUACCGGAGAUAUGGACAGCAGGUUAAACCGCAUGCUGGCGACAGCCGGCGGGAUGGGAGGAGGAGCAGCACCUGGCUCUGACAACACGAGCUUGAUUGAUAACUCCGAGACCGUCUACAUUUCCUCGCUCGCCCUUCUGAAGAUGUUACGGCAUGGUCGCGCAGGUGUCCCCAUGGAGGUCAUGGGCUUGAUGCUGGGAGAGUUCGUCGAUGACUUCACUGUUCGCGUGGUGGAUGUGUUUGCGAUGCCCCAAAGCGGAACUGGAGUCAGUGUCGAGGCCGUCGAUCCAGUAUUCCAGACAAAGAUGAUGGAUAUGCUGAGGCAAACCGGGCGACCGGAAACCGUAGUAGGCUGGUACCAUUCCCAUCCCGGUUUUGGCUGCUGGCUUUCGUCCGUCGAUGUCAACACACAACAAUCCUUCGAGCAGCUCAACCCCCGCGCCGUCGCCGUUGUCGUCGACCCCAUCCAAUCCGUCAAGGGCAAGGUCGUCAUCGACGCCUUCCGCCUCAUCAACCCACAAUCCCUGAUCCACGGCCAGGAGCCCCGUCAAUCGACAUCCAACUUGGGUCACCUCAACAAGCCCUCGAUCCAAGCCCUCAUCCACGGCCUGAACAGGCAUUACUACAGCAUCGCGAUCGCCUACCGCAAGACGGCGCUGGAGGAGAACAUGCUGAUGAACCUGCACAAGCACGUCUGGACGGAGGGAUUGCAGAUGGACGAUUUCCGCGUUGAGGGCAAGAAGAACAAUGACCGCUUACAGCGUCUCGUGGGGCUGUCGGAAGGUUACGAGAAGAGGGUCAAGGAGGAGACGGAGUUGACAAAGGACCAGCUGAAGACAAGAUACGUUGGCAAGCAGGACCCGAAGAAGCAUCUCGAGGAUGUUGGACAGCAGCUCAUUGAGGACAACAUCGUGUCGGUGAGCAGGCAGAUGAUUGAUAAGGAGGCGAGUGGGCCGACUAAGGAGAAGAAGACGGCGAAUGGGGAGAAGAUGGAGACGGAUGAGGAUCUGUGAGGUGGAAAUAGGGGUUCACCUCUUGUAAUGUACUAUUCCUGGCGUUUGGGAUCCUCUAGCUAGCAUAAUAGAGAAGCAGGUCUGCAUGGGCAC